AUGGGAGGAAGGAGCAACACGAACAACUCCGAAGAAGACGAAGAGGCCGACGAGUUAACGAAUUAUACCUCGACGACGAAUCCAAUCUUCGACCAAGCGGUCGAAAACGCGAAGAAAACGGAAACGGAGAUGGAAAUUUGGAUCGCGAACGCGACGAACGCGUCGGUGACGUUCAUCGACGAAGUCGUUUCCGCGAUCGAGGAUGUCGCGACGUCGGGGCAUUUUAACGUGUCUUCUUCGUCGAGUUCCGAUGAGACGAACACGAACUCGACUACGGUUGUUCCAGUCGUCCAGGAACUCCAAAACGACCUCGAGGCGGAAGAGGAAAAGAAGUUUGAGAUUUUACGAAACGUCCCGGAGUUCAGAUACCGGAGUUCUCUAGGAGGCGCGAGCACUUCAGAUUUCUCCUCGAAAAGUAGCAUUCCGAGCGCGAGCAAGUCCGCGAUGCUCUUACAAAACGUCAACGAAUACGACCGAAAAGAUUUUUUCGUCUUUGGGACGCUCUCGAUGGCGUUUUGCGUCGCGUUCUUCGUCGCCGUGGUGUUGAGGAAACAUGCGCAGAAGUUUAAAGUCGUCGCGGCGGGGGAGGAAACGACGAGCGAAGAAGAAAAAGAAGAAGAAGAGGAAGAGGCAUUGAUGAGGAACGAACACGGUGCGAUCAAAUACGGCUCGGUCGUGUAG